GUGCGCCAACGGCCUGUCCGAUCUGUGGCCGUUCUGUCGUUCGCCGUGCUCCCCAGGAUCGGGCGUUUGCCGGUCACACAGCAGCCCUUCGGGUUCAGGGUUGCCGCGAAGGUGAUCAGCUCGGAGGAGCCGUCAGGGAAACUGUCCUCUUGUGCAAAAUGUACAGAACCAAAGUGGGCUUGAAGGACCGCCAACAGCUCUACAAGCUGAUCAUUAGCCAGCUGCUCUACGACGGCUAUAUUAGCAUCGCCAAUGGCCUCAUCAACGAGAUCAAGCCCCAGUCGGUGUGCGCACCCUCCGAGCAGCUCCUGCAUCUCAUCAAACUAGGGAUGGAAAACGAUGACACUGCAGUUCAGUAUGCAAUUGGUCGCUCAGAUACAGUUGCACCUGGCACAGGGAUUGACCUGGAGUUUGAUGCAGAUGUCCAGACAAUGUCGCCCGAGGCUUCCGAGUAUGAAACCUGCUAUGUCACUUCCCACAAAGGCCCAUGCCGCGUGGCCACCUAUAGCAGAGAUGGGCAGUUAAUAGCCACAGGGUCUGCUGACGCUUCCAUAAAGAUACUGGACACGGAGAGAAUGUUGGCCAAAAGUGCCAUGCCCAUUGAGGUCAUGAUGAAUGAGACUGCACAACAGAACAUGGAGAACCACCCAGUGAUUCGAACUCUGUAUGACCACGUGGAUGAAGUCACGUGUCUUGCUUUUCACCCUACAGAACAGAUCCUGGCCUCGGGCUCAAGGGAUUAUACUCUAAAAUUGUUUGAUUAUUCCAAACCGUCUGCAAAAAGAGCCUUCAAAUACAUUCAGGAAGCUGAGAUGCUGCGCUCCAUCUCUUUCCACCCUUCAGGGGACUUUAUCCUGGUUGGGACUCAGCAUCCUACACUCCGCCUUUAUGAUAUCAACACCUUCCAGUGUUUUGUCUCGUGCAAUCCCCAAGACCAGCACACUGAUGCCAUCUGUUCCGUUAGCUACAACCCUAGCGCCAACAUGUAUGUCACCGGCAGCAAGGACGGCUGCAUUAAGCUGUGGGAUGGCGUGUCCAAUCGUUGCAUCACAACCUUCGAGAAAGCUCACGAUGGCGCAGAAGUCUGUUCUGCCAUCUUCUCCAAGAAUUCCAAGUACAUCCUCUCGAGUGGAAAGGACUCUGUAGCUAAGCUCUGGGAAAUAUCCACAGGGCGGACGCUGGUGAGGUACACAGGCGCGGGUCUGAGUGGACGGCAGGUGCACCGGACACAGGCUGUGUUUAACCACACUGAGGACUAUAUUUUGCUGCCGGACGAAAGGACCAUCAGCCUCUGCUGCUGGGACUCUAGGACAGCUGAGCGCAGAAACCUGCUGUCCCUGGGCCACAACAACAUCGUGCGCUGCAUCGUGCACUCGCCCACCAACCCUGGCUUCAUGACGUGCAGUGACGACUUCCGAGCUCGGUUCUGGUACCGCAGGUCCACCACUGACUGAGCUGGCCCCACUCCAAGGGUUCUCGUCUCAGGGUUCUGUCCUCCUCCCUGUGUCCUGCCGCCGCCGGCCGCAGUAGCCAGCAGUUCAUACCAUCUGCUGUGGUGUGCGGCCGCCUGGCUCCUGCCUUGGAUUUGGACGUGGAAGCUCUUUUUUUACCUUGAUGUAGAAUUGUGGUGGGAAAAGUUGGAAACAGACCUGUGCACAUUGUCCUGUUGCAGUGAUUUCAGUGUGGUCACCACCAGCUGAGUGCAGGACUUGCCAUGGCUUUCGGCUCUUGUGCCUGGAGAAGGACAGAAUAUUGAAGUACUUCGUGGCCCUCAGGGGAGUCUCUCACAAAGACUGCCAUCAGGUUCUUCUGUCACCUCUUGAGCCUGUCCUGCCCCCUCUGUAUCUCCUUCUCAGAUGCAUUUCGACACAUGAGGAGGUCUGCAGCUCUGGGGACCUCUGGUUUUGUGCCCUUGGAACCACCUUGCAGGGACCCCAGUCCCAUCCUGAGGUGAUGUCAUCCUGGUAAUAAAGCUCAGAUCUAUGACCUCACUGUUCCUUCUUCUUCACUUCCAUAAAUCUAGGGUUUCUAAAGCCCUGUCUGCAUCCCUGCAGCAUCCUCUUGGUACCAGCUAUGCUCAUUGAUAUGAACGGUGACUGUCCCAUCAGCCCAGUGAAGCAGGAUGAUCAGGAGAUCAGGGCCUGCCUUGGCUAAAUAGCCAGUUUGAGACCAGCCUUGGCUAGGCCCGCCUUUAAUCCCAGCUCUCGGGAGGCAGAGGCAGAUGGAUCUCCAGGAGAUCCUACCCUGGACUACAUAAUGAGUUCCAGGACAGCCAGAACUACAUAGUGAGGCCUCGUCUCAAAAAACAAACAAAAUGGAUGGUAAUGAUUUACUGGGAUAUAUAAUCAAAAAUUUAUCCAGUCUCUUAAGCCCCAAGAGCCUGCUAAUGUCCCAAGCUGACAGUAACUUGUCACCUGGGUGCACAGGGAACACUCUUUGGGGCUUUCGGCAACAGUCUGGUGCAUCUGUCUCCAAGUGUCCAGGAAUCUGACGGUGUCUCUCUGUGUCUGUCUGAUGUAGGUGAACCAGCCCUGUGAGCGUCUCUUACUAACAAAGUUUGCUCUAUUUCUCCUGAAGAAAAAUCCCAGGGACCUGGAAGCAGUGUGAGAUCACUGAUAAAGUAGUGGCUAGGCCACAGUGAGUCGUUGCUGUGUUGUGGGGACUCUGACACAAACAUUCCUUCCAGCCUCACCACUAAGGGGUGGGGGGGGCACUGGGUUUGGGGUCGCAAUCCUGAAGAGCUGUAUUUUUGUGCCCACAGUAAGUGUAAACUUACACUUUUAUUUUGCAUUCUUAUUCUCCAGUAUUUGAACAUGGCCACCUGGGGGCGCUACCCAUAAGAUUAUAAGAAAGCCACUAGUUAGGGACAAGGGCAGUCACUCUAUCCACCAGCUCCCCACUUGUUCCUCUGACUUCCCUGUUGCUUUCAGGCUGCGACACUACAGAGCAGAGGCUCACCGCCUCUCUUAGCCUCUGCACUCCAGCCAAGCUGCCAGGAUUGUACGCAUCACUUGUGAAUGAAAACAGGAAUGCCGCUUCGUGCAGUCCUGGGCUAGUCUCAGUGGCUGUGGUUUCAGGACUGACAUUUACAAGAUCAAAGUUCUCUUCUCUGUUUCCAAAAUAGUUUCCUCCCCUCCCUCUAUCCCUUCCGCUACCCUGCUUUUUAACAGCCGGUGUAAAUGUCAAGACUGUCGCACGAACUUGGUGUUUACAUCUUGACAGUUGUACUGCAUCACACCCCAGCAUUUAUACCUGGUCAGAUUAAUCUAUGCCUUCUGUGUUGUUUUUAAAAGAUGCGAUUUCUAAAAUAAACUUUUUUAUAUAAUGGUAACGUAAA